AUGCAGUCCGAGAAGGGUCCGCUUCUGGAUGAAAAGGAAGUCUACGAUUCUGAGGACAACGACUUUGUUUCCAGUCACACCCGUCACAAUAAAGGACAAAGAACUCGUCCUUGCUGGGCGGGAGCCUUGAUGAAAGGGAUCGGCGUCUUUGUUAUUGCCGGGCUUGUUACCCGCUGUUUAGGUUUAUCGCAUGGUUCCCCGUUUACUGAGAAGAACCCAUUCCCGCAACCCGAGGCCCCUCCGCUCUGCCAGUCACAAGAAUGCAUUCAUGCUGCAUCCGAAAUCCUCUAUAAUCUGGAUCCCAAAUAUGAGGAAAUAGAUCCUUGCACUGAUUUUGACCAAUAUGUCUGCGGUGGAUGGAGGGAGCGCCAUGAUAUGCGGCCCGAUCAGGGAUCCAUAUUUGCCGGGACAAUAAUGGAAGAGAAUGCCCAGACUAAACUCCGUCAUAUCUUGGAGCGCACAGAGCCAACACAGCCAUCCGAUGCUGAUAAUUUCAAGAAACUCAAAGCUGCGUACGAUGCUUGCUUGGACGAGGCUACGGUCAACAAACGAGGCAGCGAGCCAUUGACUAAUAUUCUGGAUGAACUGAAGACCAUCUACCCCGCAAAGGCAGGUCUUGUGAAAGGAUCGCAAGAUCAACUCACUAGUGCUCUGUUGUAUCUGGCGAACGCUGGUGUCGAGGCUUUGGCUUCUUCCGGUGUCACUCCUGAUGAUCGAGACCCUGAUAAUGUUGUUAUCAUGAUCUCGCCGCCUCGGGAAAUCGGACUUCCCGCGAGAGAGUACUAUAACAACACAAAGACCGUGGCUGACUAUACGUCCGUUUUGAAGCAAGUUGUUCGGGGACUUGCUGGAGACGGAUUCGACAAAGUUGCCGAGGAUGUUGUAGGUUUUGAAAAGAAGCUUGCGGAUGUGACUCCGGACACCCAAACCCAGGAAGAUGUCACCAAAUACUAUAACCCCCUUAGCAUCAAGGAAACGGAGGCACUUGUACCAGAGAUCUCUUUUGCCAAUAUUAUCUCAUCUUUGGCGCCCUACGACUACAAAAGUGAUCGUCUAAUUGUUGGGUCGCCUUCCUAUAUGAAGGCAUUGUCUGUUCUCUUGAAAGAUACACCUAGAGAGACUAUUUUGCUCUUCUUGCAGUGGAAGGUCAUCCAAGCGUUCGCGGAUGUUAUUGAGGAUGCCUCCAUUGAACCCCUUCGGCGAUUCAAGAACGUACUCGCUGGCAAAGAACCCCAGGCUAAAGAGGAGAGAUGGCGCAAAUGCCUCGGACGUCUGGAUGAAGGGCUUGAAUGGAGUCUCAGCCGUUUCUAUGUGCUUGAAGCGUUCUCUGAAGACUCAAAGAAACUUGGCGAUCAGAUCGUUUCCGAUAUCAAGGAACGAUUUAUUUUCACCCUGGAUCAAACUAGCUGGAUGUCUCCGGAUGUGCGAAAAUUGGGCAUUGAGAAGGUGGGAAACAUUAUCCAGAAGAUCGGAUUUCCCACGAAGAGUCCCAAUGUUUUGGACCCGGUAGAUGUGAAGAAAUUCUAUCAGAAUCUGGAAUUGUCUAAGGAUACUUUCUUUGAGAAUGAGGUGGCCGUGGCCAGGUUCCAACUUCGCAACGAAUGGUCUAAGCUCGGCAAGCCCACCAACCGUGAUGAAUGGGACAUGAGUGCACCAACUGUCAAUGCUUAUUACAACCCGCCAGGCAAUGAGAUCGUCUUCCCUGCGGGCAUUAUGCAGCCGCCAGCGUUCUAUGGACCUUCCGCUCCAUUGUAUCUGGCAUAUGGUGCAUUUGGUGCCGUUAGUGGCCACGAACUUUCACAUGCUUUCGAUUCUACCGGUCGACACUACGACGAGAGUGGAAACUACACUAACUGGUGGGACGAUAAGACCGUUGAAGCAUUCGAAGAGCGUGCCCAAUGCUUUGUCGACCAGUAUUCCAACUUUACCGUCACUGGUCCCGAUGGCAAGAUCCUCCACGUGAAUGGACGACUGACAUUGGGCGAGAACAUCGCCGACGCUGGAGGGUUGACAGCAUCAUACCACGCAUGGAAGAAGCACGAUGAGGCAAAGCCUGACCCCCACCUCCCGGGAUUGGAUGCAUUUAGCAAAGAGCAGCUGUUCUUUAUAUCUUAUGCUAAUUGGUGGUGUGGAAAGACUACCAAGGAGGCGGCUGAGCAGGCGAUCUAUAACGAUCCCCAUGCGCCUAAAUCAGCGCGAAUUAUCGAAACUAUGGCCAAUUCUAGGGAGUUCAAGAAUGCCUUUAGUUGCCCGGAUAGGAAGCCGGUUUGCAAGCUCUGGUAG